UCGUUACAGAAGGUGGCAACACUGGCAGACUCGACGUGAUUCCACGUAAGCAAGGGAAGUUGUUUCGCAAUAAUGCCGCGUUCAAAACUGGAAGCUCGGAACUCACCUCCGACUUCAGUGCGUUCAAAACUGUGAAUUCGGUAAAAACGAGCUCCUACUGGGAAAAACGAUUUGACCGGUCAUCCAACUCAGAAUUCCAACUCAGGAACUCGGGCCUCUUUCUAGAGCUCUGACUUUCCGACCUGAAGAUCACCGACGCCAUGGUUUGAUCUCGUAUUUCUCCGAGUUCCCAGUUAUUUUGAACGCGACAUAACCUUGUUAAGCGACGCGUCACUAUCUUGGUUGGUGGAAUAUUCCACGGAAUGCAAUACCCUGGAAUUCGCUUUUGAUUCCAUUUAAACGUUGCACGGGAAAACGGGUGGGACUGGGAAUGGAUCACGUGAAGCACACAGGCGCAUGCCAUUGUGGGGCUGUCAGAUUCGAAGUCUGGAAUUCCCCAGACCUUCUUGUUUUCGAUUGCGAUUGUAGUAUUUGUACCAAGAAGCAGAACCUUCAUUUCAUUGUACCAAAAAACCAGUUGACCCUUUUACAGGGUUGGGAUCAUCUGACCACAUAUACAUUCAAUACACACGCUGCCAAGCACACAUUCUGUAGGAUCUGUGGAGUCCAGAGUUUCUACACCCCACGCUCCAAUCCUGAUGGAUAUGGCGUAGCUCCUCACUGUCUGGACACAGGUACUGUGCGCAGUGUGACAGUAGAGAAGUUCUGUGGAAAUAAGUGGGAGGAGAGCAUGCAGAACCACCAGACUAUCAAAGAGGCAGUGAAACCACAGUAGUUGAAUGGGUCUAUGGUGACAGAACAUGGCCCUCUGGUGACAAGAAUGAAGAGAAGAGUAUCAAUAUUUUGGGUAAGCAUGAUUCAGCAUGCAUGGUGAGAGUGGAGUAGAAGAUGGUUCAAGCAGAAGUUGGCAAUGUAAUGCAGAACCAUAUUUAGAGCCAUCUCAUAUUGCUCACAGGCAAGAAGGGACUUUCUCUCGCAAUAUCAACCGACAAACUACAGUAGUGCUUGAGGGAUUUUAACUUGCUGACAUUUCUGAUCAUCGAUUUCAAAACAUAUUCAAUGGAAUACACUGGAAUUCGUUUUCAAUUUCAUUAAACAUUGCAAUGGAAAAACGGUGUGUAGCAAAAUGUCUUGUCUAUGAACAGAAUUUUAAACUCGUAUUGAAGUUGUCAUGCCUCAUGAACAGUCUAAAUGUGUUGUGUUGCUUCACACAGGGUGGAACGAGUGAAGCACACAGGCGGGUGCCAUUGUGGGGCUGUCAGGUUCGAGGUCUGGCAUUCCCCAGACCUACUGGUUUUCGACUGCGAGUAUGAUCUGCAACAUUUCAACAGUGAUCCAUUACAGAUAUGGUUCACUGCAACAGCAAUAGAAAGGGCAGGCUAUAAUCCUGAGACCUGGAAAAAAAUGUUGGGA